AUGGCCUCUUGCCGUGUACCUACGCUAGACGCCGUGCCCGUCUACUCGCCCACGCUCGCACUUGGCCCUCCGCCCGCCAUCAGUCACUCACCGGCUAAGUAUCACCCCGUUGCCGACCACCUCUUCCCCCUCCUCCCACCAAAUACCGUCACCGUCACCGGGACCGACCGAGCCCGCUUACGAAGUCGGCAACAGGCUGCUGACAGGGCGUUUGAAGCAGAAUAUCACGAACUACUGAGUGACUCUGAAUACCUGACCGCCCCAAACCGCCUUUACAACCCCGCCAGCGCCAGUACCGUGCGUUUCCUUGAGCACCAUCGGGACAUUCAGCGUAACGCAGCCCAGGAGCUCGACCCCAUGGCGAACCAGGACAACUCACGAAACUACCUCUCAGACCCUUGGGCCGACGAUGACGACGACCAGAGGCGCACCCGUCGUCGCAUUCCCCCGAUGAGGAUGCACACUCUAGGCGGACCCCAGAGCGGCAGAGGGUCGUCGAGGCUGAACAUCUCAGCCCCCGAGGACGAGGGGGACGAUGUCGACUCGGUCAGAGCCAUGUGGCAUCGCCGCCCGCAGCAGACAUUUUCGCCCUCAGCCCCGUCCCAUCCUUCCAUGAAUUCGCCCGGCCAUUUGUCCCCAGUUCUACGACCGCCCGAAUACGCCGACGACAGCCGUCGCCCCAAGCGACGCAAGCUAGACUCGGACAGAAUCGCUGCAAGCUUCAAAGGAUUCCGAUACGGCCGAUAUGGACAAGUCGAACCGGGCGAAUUGACCAUGGAAAUCGUCAGCUGCGACGGCGGGCUCUUCGCCAACGAGUCCUCCUACGCAUACGAAAACAUACUCAAGAACGACCCGACCGUGUAUUGCACCAAGUCUAGCAAGUGCAACAUUGUUCUGAGACAUCAGGGCGCAACCGUCUUCAGUCUCAAGGAGCUCGUCAUCAAGGCGCCCGGGUCAUGCAACUACUCGUCGCCUGUGCGCGAGGGCAUGAUAUUUGUCUCCAUGAACCAGGACGAUCUGCUCACCCGAACGACUCAGUAUCAGAUACAGUACGCGCCCCCCAGAUCAGGGCGUACUCGGGAUCCGCGCGCUCUGGCGCCCAUCAUAUCGAUACGUCACAAUGAUGAUGGUACGACCGUCACGCGGACGCGGCUGCGCACGAGGCCUCUCCAUAACUAUUCUGAUGACGAAGAGGACAACCAAAGCACGGCCCAGAUGCCGCCCGACUUUGCCACUGACCCGCCGCCAUUCAACAUAACGACGGAAUGCGACGAGGAAGAGAGCGAUGAACCCAUGACGAAUAUGUUCUAUCGACGACCCCCCAACCGGAUCGGUUCUCUACCUUUUGAGAGCGAUAGUAGCGACGAGGGCAACCCCUUUGCGCAAGACGAGUACGGCCUCGUCGAUGCCUGGUCGCCGGCGGCCCGACGGCGCGACACGCAGAACAUGACACUGGCCGAAGCUGCCAAUGCACACCAGCAGGCAGCGCACGAGGCCAGCGCCGGGGGCAGUGAUUUGAUGGUGCCUCAUGCCAAGUUUUUCAUCGAGAAGGACAAGAGCAAGUGUACAAUACGCUUCGAUCCGCCCGUGUCUGGGCGGUUCAUUUUACUAAAGAUGUGGAGUCCACAUCGUGAAUCGUCGAGCAACAUCGAUAUUCAGGCUGUGAUAGCCAAGGGGUUCGCGGGGCCGAGGUACUUUCCGUCGGUAGAAUUGCGGUAG